CCCUUCUCUGUGCUACAGGUGCCACUGCCCCCCACAGCUCGAAGGGCCAGACUGUCAGCAGACAAGACUUAGUUUCCUUGGUAACGGCUAUGCCUGGUUUCCUCCCAUAAGGCCAUGCUUUGAUAGCCAUCUUUCGCUCGAGUUUAUGACGGAGGAAGAUGACGGACUGCUGUUGUACGCAGGCCCGUUGGCCACCCUUUUACCUGGGGAUAAUGAAGACUACAUUGCCAUAGAGCUGAUUGGUGGGACUCCUAGCCUUAAAAUCAACCAUGGCUCUGGGACCCUAGUUCUCCAGUUAACAAAUGUUGGAGUGAGUGACAGACGUUGGCACCGCCUUGAUGUGAGGAGCAACAGCAAAGAAGUGCGCUUUACUCUGGAUCGAUGCUCCAGUGCGAUUGUCAUGGAAGCAGAGGGGGUGGAUUCUUGGGCAAUGACAGAGGAUCGCUCUUCCUGUGAAAUACGAGGGGUCACGCCCAACAGGGAUAAGUACCUGAAUGCAAGUCAUGUUCUGCAGCUUGGAGGAAUCAAUGAGAACAUAUCAUACGAAUACCCACAACUACAACACAAACAUUAUACUGGAUGUAUAAGGGACUUGAUUGUGGACAGCAAGCUGUAUGACCUUGGUUCUCCUGCUGAAUCCUCCAACACUUUGCCCGGCUGCGGUCUCAUUGAUAACCACUGCGCCGACUUGGAGCAGCUUCCCUCCUGUGGCAAGCGGGGCAGCUGUCAUGGGGAGUGGGGCUCUUUCAGCUGCCUGUGUGAAAAAGGGUUUACGGGCCCGCAUUGUGAUCAAGUGACUCCAGAGUUUUCCUUUGACGGCCGGAGCCACGUUCAGCUGCAGCUCUUGUGGUCUCUCCCUGCAAGGCGGACCAGAGUCCAGGUUGGGGUCCGUACUCGCGCUUUAACAGGGGUCAUCCUCAGCUUGCUGUCCCAGGAGCAAAGUGAAUACCUGCGUUUAGAGGUGAUUCAAGGCCUGCUGGCUGUUUUCUACAACCUGGGAGACGGAGACUACAAUAUCUCACUGCCGUACCACCGCCUGGACGACGGGGAAUGGCAUGAGGUGGAGUUGGAUCGGUUCGGCAGAGAGUUCACCCUGAGGCUGGAUCGGGGCGGGGGUCGACUUGAAAUCACCGCCUCACCCGGCCAGAGUCAGGAGAUCAUUAUUGACCCCUCUGUGGUGAUGCUUGGGAACUCUUUCCCAUCAGGACACAACCGCAGCUUCUUUGGCUGUUUGCGUGAUGUGAGGUUUAACGGCCGCUCCGUUCCCCUGGAUGAGGACCAGCAUUCAGAAGGACUUCAGGUGCUGGUCGCUUCACAGGGCGUCUCUGUCGGCUGCUCCUCAGAUGCCUGCAGAAAGCACCAGUGCUCCCCUCCCUUGGUCUGCUUGGACCUCUGGAGACAGCAUGAUUGCAGGUGCCCUCCGGGACACAUGACCAGAGAGACCUCCUCGGGCAGAGCGUGCAUCUACACGCUCUGCGCCAGCCGGCCGUGUCGACACGGAACGUGCGUGGCCCACUCGCCGUCGCGCUACUCAUGCCACUGCAGCGAGGGCUACCGAGGGCGGCACUGCGAGGUGGCGCUCGCCGUGUUCCACAGCGAGGACGGCAGCAGCCUCAGCCUCAGCUCCAUGUUUGCCAUCAGCAUCUGUGUCAUGGCCUUUCUAGUGUUGAUGCUGGGGCUGUUUCUUUACUCUUGCUGGAGGAGACACAAGGGCCUGAAGGAGGGUGUUUACCAUGUGUCUGCACACCAUGGCGAGUGGGAGGAUAUCCGAGAAAACGUGCUCAACUACGACGAGGAAGGUGGCGGGGAACAGGACCAGAAUGCCUUCAACAUGGUGGAGCUGCAGCGCUCCCUCCAGCCCAGCCCCGCACAGUCCCUCCGCUACAGCUACCCACAAAACACCAGCUCCUACCCGCAGACUAAGCUUCCUCAAGACAACAACAAGAAGGGGAUGUCAAAUGGAAAUGGCAACGCUGCUAUUGCCCUGCGUCUGGCCAUCCCCCCCUCCGAGGCAGAAACAUUGUCGUCCCCUCUGACCUUCCGCCGCUCUCAGAGAGCCUUCUCCUUCUCCAGCCAAGAUUUGGCCCGCUACCUGUGUGAGGUCAUCAGAGACAUGGAGCACACAGAGGACGCCGGCACCAUGACCACGCCGCGCCGUCCCUCUGGAAAGGAGCACAACCUGUCCUCGGUGCGCUCCCUCAGCUCCCUCAGCGCGUCCCAGGGCUCAGAAGUGAAGCUUCACGCCGCCCAGAUAACCCGGAUGGACACAUUUAGAACCCUUCGAGCCGUGAUGUGCGACCUAAGGGGAGACUCCAAGACUGCGGACAGUCAGAGGGACAAGCUUAAGGAGAGCAGAGGGCAGCUGAAGUGUGAGAAGAAUGGGUGAGGCUGCGCUCUGAGAAACAGAACUGGAGGUUACCCAGCAAAAAAAAAACAAAAAAACAACAUUAAUCAGAAAUCAAUGGUGGAAAUCCAAAGGGAGGUCAUUAAAUGUGAAAUACUUUAAGACUGGAAAGACUGCGCCGAGUCUGUGUGAAUUCUCUUAUAAAUCUACUGUAUUGAAGAAACUUUGAAGAUUUAUGUUCUUUGAUAUAAAAGAUGUUUACCGAUGAAUGAUCAGAUGUGACGUAUUGUUUAUUUGGAAUUGCACUGUACAGUAUUUAAUUCACAGACAGCAUUUUUUUGGAGGCGCCCUGUGUCAAAGCAACCCAUGUCAUAAAGCUCAUAGAAGAAAUGUUUGCAAGCAGCGGGCCAAAUGGGUUUUCUCUGAGAAAACUGGAUUCUUUGCGCUGUUAAUGACUCAUGAAAUCAUUUAUGUGACAAAAUGAAAAUUGUUUCAUUUGUAUUAUCUAUUUCCUUUUAAAUAAAUGAGUAUGUUUGAUAACAUUUCAAACUCGGUCUUGUUCAAACAGGCGUUCACAUUCGUCAUGCUCAAAUAUUUCUCUUUUUUCUUUUUUUUUUUGAUGUUCAAGCAAACCUUCAUCUUCAAACAUGAAUCAGCUAAAUGAGAUUUACAUUGGAUGUCUUAUCACUUUCAUGUUAUUAAAAUAACACCUUCCAUGGUGUUUUCAAUGUUCGUACGACGAUAACAUUCGGAACGAUCUCGAGCAGCUGCUCUUGUCAUAUUAGACUAACUGCUACCAGCAAGAAGAGCCACUGAUAAGAGCAAGGUCAAUUCUGGGAUUAAUUAUUCAUGUUGAGAGCCUGUAGCCAUCUGACCUAAGUGGCUGAGACUCUUCAAUAUAAACUCAAAACGUCAGGGUCCCAGCAGGCAGCCCUACAUCAUACUUAAUUGGGCAACAUUACUGGAAUUAAGCAAGUGUGACACUGGAGCGAGUCUCUGGAGAAGCACACUGAGCUGCUGCCUGCAGCUGAUAGAACUGACGUGUCCUUUCCAUACGUCUGCGCACCUACAUAAUGCAUCACGCUAAGACAUAUAAGAGACCAAAAAGAGGAUUUUUAACACCCUGUAGGUCUUCAAAGAGCCUCGUGUUAUACCCAUUUGUAUUCAUGAGUCUUGGUGUACUACCCACAUGAGAUAAACCCUCUCGAAGUGAAUAAAAGAUCCUCACCACCUUAAUUCUACAGAACGUCUCCUUGUAUGCAGUCAAACUUGAUCGGGUCAGAUUCCUUCGAGAUGCAGCGGUUGCACGGGGCCACACUGCCACCUUUAGGCCAGAUGCAGUAAUAGCGGCUCGUCGUUUCUACAUUCAGGGGUUUAUCGCCACACGAGUGGGGAAUUCUCACAGCGGGAUCCGAGGAUCCUAGCACGAAUCCGUGAUUAUCUCAGUCAUCAUGAAUUACGAUGUAGGUCAAAUAUUAUUACAGUUAUUAAAAUUCGUCCCAAGGACUGAAUGCAUGAUAAGCGGUUCAUUUAAAUUUUAAGUUACACAACCAUAGAGCUUUCUGCUUACCUACAGUGUAAACAGACACAUUACAUUGUUUAUAUUAACACUGAGGAAAAAAAGUAAAAAAAAAA